CUUUUAGUCUUGUUUUGAGGUUCAGUGGGUGCGUUUCAAGUGUGGUGCGAAUAUCAACUUGAGCUACAUUAAUAUCAAUAUAUAGGAAAUUAAUUGUGUCACAGUUUUAAAUACCUAUAAUGAAGUUCUUCUUGCUGGUGAUUGCUGCGCUUGGCUUUUUGGUCUACGUUAGUUGUGAUGGCUGCGUACAAUGCCAUUCGAAGACUGAUGAGCGCUGCGCCACCGAACCGUUGAACAUACUGACCAAGGAUUGCGCUACCAAUAGCUCUCUAUGCUACACACGCGUGUUAAAUGGUUACACGAUCCGUGGCUGUGCCAGCGAUCUGGACAAUUCCACGCUGAAAUCAUGCAACAAUGAGCUGGAAUGUUUGACCUGCACAUUCAUGGAGGGCUGCAAUCGUCAGAUUUUCCCACAAUAUCGCCCCAAGUGCCUGCAAUGCUCCGGCAAUUCAACCAAUUCCAGCUGCGCCAUCGAGAACCAUGCCUAUAGCAAAGUGUGUCCAGUCUACCGCCUCGGUGACAAGUGCUUCAUUCGCAACAGCAAUCGCUUGGUAAAUGGCUCCUUCCAGCGCGGCUGCCUCAGCACCGCACAGGCCAACAAGCAGUGCAUCAUUGAUGGCAACUGUUUCACCUGCGAGGGUCAUGGCUGCAAUGCUCUGCUGGCCAAUGAUACGCUCAUCCCGGUGGCUCGCGAUGGCGCCGUCACCGUCAUCCUCUCGCUGACCCUGGUGCUGGCCUGCGCCCUUAUCAACCUGCUGCUGUAGGACACUGCAGCUGCUGGCUGCAAUUAUUGUUGAGCAUUGAACGACAUUUAAAAAUUUGUUUUGCCCAUUUUUUUUUUAUAUAUUUACAAUU